UUCACUGCCUCCCACGGUGCGUGAGUAGUUGCAAGUGAAAAUGGCGAGCUGGUGCGUGAGAGUGGUGAGACAGAGCCGUUCUGUGUUAGCAUCGCCUGUGCUUUUGAGGGCCUCUCCGAGGUUAUUGUGCACUGCGGCACAAAAGAAAAGCAAUGGCCAGAAAUCGGAAGAGGACCAAAGUGGAGCACAGAAAACGGAGCACAGUCCUGCCAUGGCAUCCUGGACUGAGGAGAAGACCGAACUAGAAGAGCAACUAAAGGAGAUGACAGACAAGUAUAAGCGAGCCCUUGCAGAUACAGAAAACCUGCGGCAGAGGAGUCAGAAGUUGGUAGAAGAUGCUAAGUUAUAUGGUAUUCAAGGUUUCUGCAAAGACCUGCUGGAAGUUGCUGAUGUCUUGGAGAAGGCAACAGAGAGCGUCCCCAAAGAGGAGAUCUCCCCUCAGAACCCCCAUCUGAAGAACUUGUAUGAAGGACUGGUCAUGACUGAGGUUCAAAUCCAGAAGGUGUUCACCAAGCACGGCUUAAUCAAGCUAAACCCAGCUGGGGCCAAAUUUGACCCCUACGAACACGAAGCUCUAUUCCACAGUCCGGUUGAAGGAAAGGAACCGGGCACAGUGGCACUGGUCACCAAGGUGGGGUAUAAACUACAUGGGCGCACUCUCAGACCUGCCCUGGUAGGUGUGGUUAAAGCACCAUAGUGUUCCUGAUGAUAUGAACGAGGGCUGUACUGUUAUUUUGUUGGCUAACAGAUUUCAUUAUUAAGUUCGUUUGCCCCAUUCAUUGUUAGAGUUACUUACUGGAACGCGAAUCAGUGGAUUGUCCAUUUACUCUUAUGAUCUGGAAUCUGUACACUGUAGCUGCUAUUCAGUUGAAAGUGCUCCAUCUCUUGUGAGUAGGAAAAUAAGCAAUAGAAAGUUGCAGAAAUAUUUUGACCAGUAAUUCACGUUAAAGAAAUGCGUUAACCAACAGUAACAAGUAUAGUUCAAUGUAGGUCCAAUUUGUGGGCUGUUUAAUUUUAGUUUUCUUCAAUAAACACAUAUGUACAGUUUACUGUGUAUUUAAGUACAUCAAUAAUUACAUUGGAUAGGUUGAUAGUCCCAUAUUAAAGAUAUUUAACAUGUGAAUUCAUUCAUUUAAAAACAUUAAAAUCUAGGUAUACAAAA